AUGGACCCCAGUCCACGACGAAUGGCUGUUGGCCGAUCUGGCAUGGCUCCACUGGCAGUGCAUGGUCAUGGCCGGGAUCCUGCGAGAGACGAAGAAUGGCGAGCAUGGCCGUCAGUCAGAGCGUUCAUUCCCAACCUGCCUCCAGCGACUACGACCUAUGACAUCCAUAAGAACCUCCACCGUUUUGGCAAAGUCGAUUUCAUCCGUCUCGAGGAGACACGCCAGGGAGUGUUCGCCAGAUCAGCUCUUGUCACUUUUAAACCGCCACCUCCGCGGAGGGCACCUUGGGAUUCCACCUACUACAGACAUGGCAUUGAAUUCGUCCUACGCGAGGCUGAUGGCGACAAGAAAUACCGAGUCACGGUCCUGCUUGCCGGCAACCAGACCUCGAUGCGGUUUGUUGAGAGCCCGGUUCGAAGAGGCAUCAAAUACAGUCCUGAAAUGACCUUGCAUGGCGAGGCUAUCGACUUUGGUUAUUUGGAGAGACCGAACAUCAUGGUCGCCAAGGCGACCAAACGCGACCCCGAUCACAAGGCUGUGAAACUAUUUCUGAAUCUUGACCGUCUGGAAAUCGAGGUUCACUUCCCUGUCUUCAUGACGUCUAAAGGCAAAUCCACCAUACGUGACUACCGUUUCUUCGUCGCUCUCGAUGAUCAGUUCUCCAUGUGUGAGAUCCCUGCUGCCGGUGACUCCUCGACAUCUCUGGUCUUUCAUCUCACCCGACCCCCUUGGUAUUCCCGCCAGCUGAAGGAGGCAAUGCAAAUGAGCCAUGAUCCCAAGUCACUCAAGUGGAUGGCUGACGACACUUGGUCACGGCAAACCGACAUUGUUGAUGACAAGGAGACUUACAGUGUUAUCAACCAAACCCCCAUCUCCAUACAAAAACUGUACAACAGUAUCGACAUCGCGCGCUGGACAACUUUCCGUGUCACCAUCCCCUCAAACGCGGACGCCUCCAGGUCGCCAGUUCGGCAUUUCGUCCAAGCUCUCGAGGAUUUCAAUGUCCCCGUGACCAAAAACCCGUCGUUCAAGGUGCUCAAUGGCACGCCACACGGCGCACCUUUGUGGGAAAUGCUCAACGACUCGAAUAACGCCCUAUCCUCCUUGAGUGAGCAGUUAUCUGCCAUACAUCUGGAUUUCGAUUUGCGCUAUCAACUUGAAGUCUGCAUCUCGCAAGGCUGGCUCAAUGAAUACACCAUUGACAAGGAAUUUCUACAGCGGCUCACCUCGCUUCCGCGGCAGCGCGCCAAACAAAUGCUCAUUCACGUUGACUCUUAUCAGGAGCGUAUCUAUGAUCCAAUGACUAUCUUCAAAGACCUUCGGUACUCGAAGCCCGUCCGUGCGCGGGCUCUCCCGACCAACUGCAAUGAGAUCUACCAUGCCACAGUCACCGCAUCAGGUGUGCUUUUCCAUACGCCCUCUGUCGAGAUUACCAAUCGUAUCAUCCGGAAAUAUGAGCGGUACAACGAUCGGUUCCUUCGCGUCAGAUUCGAAGACGACUCUUACCGUGGGAAGUCAAGAUUGUAUCCAGCCACCAACGGAAGGAUGCGAUUGCUGUUCGAAAGAGUGCGGCGAACCCUGAAACAUGGGAUCAUCAUCGCCGACCGACACUAUGAAUUCCUUGCCUGGGGCAAUUCGCAACUACGAGAACACGGUGCUUACUUCUUUGCCAGUACCCACGAUAUUACUCCUGACACCAUUCGCCGCAGCAUGGGCAUCUUUGACUCCGAAAAGGUUGUAGCCAAGCGAGCUGCGAGAAUGGGGCAGUGCUUCUCAACGACUAGAGCCGUGUCGGUUCUCAGCAAGCGAGCAUUCCACAAGCGUUUGAUCGACGAUGUCAUCAUCAACGGUCACACGUUUACGGACGGCGUCGGCAAGAUAUCGAUGCUUGGCGCCCAACUCGUCUGCUCAAGUCUCAAGUUGAGGGGCAAAGUUCCAUCGGCCUACCAAUUCAGACUCGGAGGCUGCAAAGGUGUGCUGGCCCUGGACCCAUUGCUCCCAGGUGUUGAUAUCAAGAUCAGACCGAGUCAGUACAAGUUCCAGUCCGAAUCUGAUGAAUUAGAGAUCAUUCGUGUCUCUGAGUUUUGGCAACCAUUCCUCAACCGCCAGUUGAUAUUGGUCCUUUCAGAUCUCGGUGUGCCGGACGAAGUCUUUCUGCAAAAGCAAGAAGACUGUAUCAAGGCUCUGGAUCGUGCAAUGGUCGACGACACAGCUGCUUUAAGAGCCCUGCGGGAUAAUGUGGAUCCAAAUCUGACAACUCUCAGCAUUGCGGCAAUGAUUGAAGACGGGUUUCGGCAGUCAAAUGAGAUAUUCGUCACUUCUCUCCUACGCCUGUACCGUGCAUGGACACUGAAAUAUCUCAAAGAGAAGGCCAAGAUUCCCGUGCCUCAGGGAGCAUUUGUGCUAGGCGUGGUCGACGAGACAAACAAGCUGCGGGGACAUGAGCCUUUCGUGUCUCCUGGCUCUGAACCUCCUACCCUGCAAGACUUGCCUCAGAUUUUUAUGCAAUACACGGAUCAGCACACAGGGCAACGUCGCAUUGUGGAGGGCGUUUGCAUCAUCGCUCGCAACCCGUCUCUACACCGGGGCGACAUCCGAGUGGUCCACGCAGUCGACAUACCCGCGUUACACCAUCUAUGUGAUGUUGUGGUUAUGCCAAUCCAGGGCGAGCGCGAUCUCCCAAGCAUGUGUUCUGGAGGAGACUUGGACGGCGAUGACUAUGUCGUCAUCUGGGAUCCAGACUUGAUACCUCCUCAGGAAGAAUGGUUUGUUGAGCCGUUCAGUUACGCUGCGCCCAAGCCUGUCGGAAAGGAUGAAAUCACUACAGACGAUAUCAUCAACUUCUUCUGCGACUACAUGCAGAAUGACUUUCUAGGAAGGAUUGCUCAUGCUCAUCUUGCAGCUGCCGACUAUCUCGACGAGGGUAUUCGAAGUGACGUCUGCCUGUCACUGGUCAACUUGCACUCCAAGGCGGUGGAUUAUCCCAAAACCGGCGUGCCCGCUGAAAUGCCUCGGGAAUUGGAACGCAACAAGUGGCCGCAUUUCAUGGAAAAGAGGAGAGCUCCGCAGUACAAAUCCCAUAAGAUUCUGGGACAGUUGUAUGACGCCGUGGAGAGAGUGGCUUUCGAACCGAACUGGGAGGGCUCAUUCGACCAACGUAUUCUGAAGCACCAACUUCCGCCUGAGAGUGUUGUGGAAGAGGUACGGAGACUCAAGAAAAGCUACGAUGAAGGAAUGCGACGUAUUAUGGCUCAGCACCAGAUCAACACCGAAUUCGAGGUUUGGUCCACAUUUGUGCUCCAUCACAGCAAAGCAGCUCGAGACUUCAAGUUUCAUGAAGAGAUUGGUCAGCACGCAAGAACUCUGAAAGAGCAAUAUUACGAUGUCUUAGUCGAGCAUGCUGGAGGCCGUGAUUUCGAGAAGCUCAUGCCAAUGGCCGUUGCGGCAUAUCACAUCACAUACGAUGAAUUCCGUCAGGCCCAAGAAGCAGUUGACGGCUCGGUGAUUGACGAAGUCUUCUCUGAUGCAGCUGGCUCCCGCGCCUCCUCAGCUGGUGGCCCGCAAGCGAAAGAAAUGCCAUUCAUAAGCUUUCCUUGGGUCCUUCAAGAUAUUCUUGGCAGGAUUGCCAGAAACACCGUGCUUGAAUCUGAAUCAGGUCGGGACAAGGCGGCAUCUAACAGGGAUGAACCAUCUGCUGAUCUCUUGCUCCAACUCGACGACGACCCCGGUGCCACUUCCCACGGACAGAAAGCUUUCAAGUUUUUCGGGGACCAUAUGCCCGAUCCAUAUGUUCCAGCAGGAAGCGAGAGCGUGAAGAUCAAGGCCAACGGCAGUGGCAGUGGCGUCACAGACGACUUAUUGACUGGACAGGAUAGUCCGAUGAAGAAGACGACGAGCCAUCUAAUGGAUGAUGAUCCAGAUACAUCUGGAAAGCAGCAGCAGCAGCAGCAAUUACAGCAGCCUUCUUUACUGCUACCUAUCCGAACAACCGCCAACAACAGCGCCACGGCCCGUUCUUCUGAAGAUCUUAUGAUGUCUGAAAAUAGCUCCAUCAUCUCUUCGGCUUCGGCUCUAAAGUCUAAUUCUAUGUUCUCCAGCAUCAGAACCGCCACGGCGACGCCGGACGACCUAUAUCCUCCACCAUCGGUCCUAUCUGGCGGUAGUGGGCCUCAACCGGGCAAGACUUCGGGCUUGGGUCCUCUAGCCUCCCCACUUACAACGGAGCAGACGAUUCCAAAAACAGCGGCAAUGGCACAACCAGCAGCAGCAGCAGCAGCAGCAGCAGCAACAGUAGCUCUCGAAUUCGGCGACCCAGCGGACGACGUUGAGAACAACGGCCUUCUUCGCGCGGUUGAUGAUGACGACGACGACGACUUUACGUUUUAA